AUGCCAAGGUCAUUUCUCGUCAGGCUAAGACCAUCUCUGGAUAGUUUUCCGCAUCAUGGUGAGUUAGCCCGGAUCAAAGAGAGAGCAUCGACCGUGGAUAUAGUGUUCUUAAUGCUUUUCCAACACUUCAUGCAUUUCAUUUAAGUUUAAUUUUUCUUUGCCAAUUAGGAGCCUUGUUCCAAAGCUAGUCAUGCAUGUCAGCUUUUGGACAAGGAAGAUUUGUUCGUGCACGCAUACUGUCCCAAGAGUGGCCCCAUGCAAAGGCGGCCUUGAAGUGAGAUAAAUGUUCAAUAACAUUCCGAGCACACGAGCAACAAAAUUUGUCAAGGAAAACUUCGUUGCCACAAACGAAAACUUAAUUGUCAAGGAAAACUUGUCAAAGGAAAACGUAAUUGCCAAGGGAAACUUGUUUGGGGAAACUUGCAUGUAAACGAAACUUUUUGACCCAGGGCAUUUUUUAAGAAAUUACAACUACUGGGGCUAUAAGUCUCAAUAGAGACCUUAAGAUUGACGUUUACGGCAAACGUCAAACCGCUAGCGAAGUUUUUGAUUUUACAACUCUAUUAUAAUAGCUUUUACACCAGUUUUGAAAUAUGUUAGACUUAUUAAACUUGUGCUCUUUAGCAAUGAUUUAAGAAAGCAAAUUAACCGCAAAUCAUGCCAUUCACCAAAGCAGUAAAUUAAGAUUUGGCGUUUGAAGUUGACGUUUGGCGUAUACAUGCAUUUCAUGCUUUAACGACUACAAGCCCUCGUAGCAGUUCAAGCAUGGAAUUUAUACGCCAAACGUCAACUUCAAACGCCAAAUUUUAAUUUACUGCUUUGGUGAAUGGCAUGACUAGUGGUUAAUUUGCUUUCUUAAAUCAUUGCUAAAGAGCACAAGUUUAAUAAGUUUAACAUAUUCCAAAACUGGUGUAAAAGCUAUUAUAAUAGAGUUGUAAAAUCAUAAACCUCGCUAGCGAUUUGACGUUUGCCGUAAACGUCAAUCUUAAGGUCUCUAAUGUACGCGUAACUUUGUGCUGACUUUUAUAAGAUGGAAUGUCGAGAAUGUGAGAGGAUAUGAGAAAGCAGGCAGAUGUAUAGCUUGUUCAACAAGGAUGACUUUUUACUAAUGAUCAAAAGGGCCUAGCUCGUCUGAAAGCAUUGCUUCACUACUAUGGGGCAAGCAAAGGGCCUACUGGGGUAAAUGCCCCAGUAGUUAUAUAGUUAAAAAAUGCCCUGUUUUGACCGUACACACGAGAAGGGGAACUUGUCACAAAGGAAACUUGUCAAGAAAACUCACAAAGGAAAACUUAAUUGUCAAGGGAAACUUGUUAAGGGGUUUUUGCAUGUAAACGAAACGUUUUCACCAUACACACGAGAAGGGAAACUUGUCAGAAAGGAAACUUGUCAAGAAAACUCAUGCAUGCUCGUCUGCAUGUAUUGGGGCUUUAUUCAAAUAUCGUUAGUUCAGGACCUUUCUGAAAAUCACUUUGUGAGAUAAAGCUUAAUGAAAAUAAAACAGAAAAAAAGAAACUGCGCAAAAUCUUUAAAUGUAGCGAUCUUUUAUCGAAAGUAUCUAGAUACGCAGUACAAACGAUAGUCGGCAAACUUAUUUUGCAUUAAACGCAUGCUAUAACAAUAUUUUGUAGACACAAAGUCCCACAGGUAUGGAUUAAACGGGGAAAAACGAAGAUAUAAAAGCGCUCAGCCAUCCGAUGCUACGCCAUCCAACCAAACAGCCGCCACAGCACCCAAACAUACGAUACCAAGUGAAACUCAAUCAAGCCAAGGGAAAUAUCCUCACUUGGAACCUGAUAUCAUCGAGUCUUCACAUAAUAACCAAUCAAAUUUCACUACAGUUAUGACGUCACAACAAAUCAAUCAAUCUGCAAUUGAUACCACAAGAGCAUUCCACCAUGUGAGACCAAGCUUCGAAGGAGCGAUGCCUGUCCCAAAUUAUCAUAUCAUGCCAUACAUUUCGGGCUGGACUCAAUAUGAUUGCUUGCCAGCCAAUAAUACGUGGUGCUAUCCCUCCAUGAAUAAUCUGCACCUUCAAAAAUACCCAGAAGGCGAUAGACCUUUGUACACAGGUAUAUUAUUAACAUUUCAAACACUCAUUAAUAAUUCAUAAGCUUAUUGGCAAAUCAUGUCAACCAUAAUAUGUCACGUGCAGUGGCUUUAAACCUGAUAAAACACUCCUAAUUAGUAUUCUUUAUAUAAAGAAUACUAAUAAGGCAGUAUCUAUUGUUGUCGUGUCCUCAUUAGUAUUUUUUAUAUAAAGAAUACUAAUAAGGCGGUAUAUCUAUUGAAUUUGUAUAGUCGUGUUUGAAGCCGUUUAAUAAACUCGCAGGUCGUGUUUUAUUAGGUCUAAAGCCACUCGCGCUGCGCGCUCGUGUCUUUAAACCUAAUAAAACACUCCUGCUCGUUUAUUAAACGUACAGUACAUAGUCGAUAUCACAAUAGAAUUCGUGUUAAAUGUCACGUGUAUAUAUAACACGCGCUCAAAACUAAUGAAUGUACUUUUCUCAAGCGGCAAACAAACUUAAAAAGUACGUUUAGUGCUUUAUCUGUAAAAUUAUGUAAAAUGAAGAGGUUUUAGAUGGUACGCCAAAGAGAAAAUGAUGUCCGAAGUUAACAGUGGCGUUUUCAAGGGAGGUGGGAUGCAAAUGUGAUUUCUAGACGCGUUCCCCACUUGUUUUUAUGUAUAUAUCUCUUCGUACAGUCUACAAAUGUGGGGGGAAAUACAGGGUAGAUAUCUUCAAGAAAGUUUCUAACAACAACAAAAUCAUUUCAAUAUUUAGGUGAGGUAUCUCUUCCAGUUUAUUCUAAAGAGAACACGAUUUACAGAACACAGCAACACUCGCAAAGAUUCCAAGGCCGCGAUAGUGAACAGCAAAAAGUCAGGUAUGUUUACUCAGAUACCUCAUCUAUCAACUUUUUCACUGGUUUUUAGCCGCAACUUCGUCUCUGGAAACAUCGUAACUCUCGGGAAAACAAAAAAAAAGUUUCCCGAUGGAACAGAUAUCAAGCGUUUUGUUACAUACCGACGAAGAAAAUAUAAACAACAUUCGCAAAACAGUUAUAUUUCAUGAAUAAAACUCUUUAAUGUAAUGAUCUUAACAAUAAAGGAACUUGCAAAAAAGUGUUUAGUUUUUGUAGUCCAUCAGUCGAAACUGUUUUCCGUAGCGGCCCCAACUUAAGGCCCAGGGAUCGAGGUUGGUCCCAACUUUCAAACCAUUAUAUGGAAUUAGCAUUUUCUGUCUUUUACAGCGAGGUAUCGACAUUCCCAAGAGCAUUCAAGGAGUUCUUUUCGGUUGACGAAAAACCUGGAACAAAACAUCCUGUCGACGAUCACAUAACGAAAUCAGCUACCGUACUAGAAAUCCCACCGAGAAAACAUGCCCGUUCUGACCACUACAUUCAGAAAGCGAUCACACAGCUGGCAAGCGAAGAAACAGGGCAGGAAGGCGGAGAAUCUUCCCAGAAAAAUGAGCCAUCCCUUUCGUUCCGAACCAACGCGUCUCCUGCCAUUCCAAGUGAAAAACCUUUAUCCAGCCCAGACGAGUUGAAGGCUGAAGAAUCGAAUCCAGAAAAGAUCCACACGUGCCAACAAUGUAACAAAACCUUCAACCGUGCGUCAAAUCUGCGCGCGCACAUGAAGACGCACUCCGACCACAAACCGUACAAAUGUGAUUUUUGCGGGAAGGGAUUUCACCAGAAAAUCGACAAACGCAUCCAUCAUUACACGCACACUGGCGAGAAACCGCACAAGUGUACGAAAUGCGGGCGCGGUUUCAAGCAGUUGACCCAUCUCAAUUACCACAUGCGCACGCAUUCUGACACACAUAUGUACCACUGCUCGUAUUGUGGUAAGGGUUUCAACCAGAAAGGAAAUCUGCAGGCUCACAUCUAUGGACACACCGGGCAGCGCCCCUUUAAGUGCGAAAUCUGUUCCAAAGGCUUUACACUGAGAUCCACUCUCAACACGCAUGUCAGGACGCAUGCGCCCAAAAAGCCGUUUGUUUGCGAGCAUUGCAAUAAGGCGUUUUAUCAGAAAAAUGCUCUGAAAAUGCAUCAUAUUGCAUCACAUCCUAUUGUAAAUGGGAAAAGCAUCUUGUAG